AUGUUGAUGGUCGAGAAGCAGUGGAUUCUUGUACAGCAAAAGACAUUCACCAAAUGGCUCAACAACAAGUUGAAGGUCAGGAAUCUGGCCAUCAGCGACUUGACGCAAGAUUUGUCCGAUGGAGUUAAUCUUAUACAUCUACUGGAAAUCCUCGGAGACGAGUCCCUCGGUCGAUAUGCCUCCAAACCCAAGCUACGCGUUCAGAAGUUCGAAAAUGUCAAUAAAGGAUUAGAUUUCAUCAAGCUGCGCGGAAUCCAAAUGACCAACAUCGGUGCUGGAGAUAUCGUGGACGGAAAUCAAAAGAUUAUACUCGGGUUGAUAUGGACUCUUAUUUCGAAAUUCACCAUCAGCGAUAUCAGUUCUGAGGGCAUGUCCGCCAAGGAAGGGUUGUUGCUGUGGUGUCAACGCAAAACGGCUUGUUACCCCGAAGUCGAAGUUCGAGAUUUCUCAGCGAGUUGGAAUGAUGGGUUGGCUUUUUGUGCGUUGCUGGAUAUUCAUCGACCCGAUCUGAUUGAUUUUGAUUCUUUGGAUAAGAAUGACCAUCGAGGGAAUAUGCAAUUGGCCUUUGAUAUUGCUGCCAAUGAGAUCGGUAUCCCAGACUUGCUCGAUGUGGAGGAUGUGUGCGACGUGGACAAACCCGAUGAGCGGUCAUUGAUGACGUACAUUGCAUAUUGGUUCCAUGCUUUCUCGCAAUUGGAAAAGGUCGAAAAUGCCGGUCGACGAGUGGAGAAGUUCGUGAGCAAUAUGCAAGGCGCUUGGGAAAUGCAGUCUUCCUACGAGAAACGGAUGAAGGAAUUGCUAGCUCAGAUUGCGAAUCAAAGAGCGGAAUGGCAAGGCGCGUCCUUUGAAGGUACAUACACUGAUGCAAAGGUGCAGCUCGCCGAGUUUUCACAUUAUAAGCGAAACCAGAAACGAAAAUGGGUGGCAGAAAAGUCCGAUCUUGCUGCUUUAUUGGGGAAUAUCAAGACCAAGCUCAGCACGUACCGUCUGCGACCUUACGAACCCCCGGCAGAUUUGUCUUUGGACAGAUGCGACCGAGAUUGGGAAGGGUUGAUGCAAGAAGAGCAAGGACGCAGUCAGCUCAUCAAUGAGACCAUUCGGGAUAUCAAGAACAAAUUGCGCCGCUCUUUCGCCGACAAAGCCAAUGAUUUUGCGCUCACCCUAAAGACAUUGACUCUUGCCAUUUCGGGUCUUGAAGGCGAUGUUGAAGACCAGCUGACUCAUGUCAAGCGUCUGAAUGAUAAUCUACCGCCUCUUGAUGCAUUCUUAGAGACUAUUGCAGAUCUAGAGGAACAGUGUGUCGAGGCAAAUAUCGAUGAGAACGAUUACACCACGUAUACGCUGGACGAGUUGUCUUACGAGCUGGGGCUGGUCAAAUCCAGCGUAGCCAAGAAGCUUGCGUUUUUAGAGAAUCAAAUGGUGGCACGAAAUAUGACCAAUCUCACGCCGAUACAACUGGAAGAAUUCGAAUCCGUGUUUCGACAUUUCGAUCGAGAUGGAUCAAACACUCUACAAGAAAUCGAAUUUUCAGCCGCUUUGGCUAGUCUUGGUCUUGUCUAUGAUGAAGAAGAGAUGCAUGAGGUGUUCUUAGAGACUUGUGGCCGCAACUCGACAGUUAGCUUUGAGCAGUUUAUUCGCUUCAUGGUUAGUGUGACGGAAGAUCAGAACACUGCAGAGCAGGUGUUUCAGAGCUUCCGCGAAGUGGCUGAUGGAAAGCCGUACGUAACAGAACUCGACCUCCGACACUCUCUUAUUCCCGACGAACUCAUCGAUAAUCUUCUCGAGUCGAUGCCCAAGCACGAAGGGCCUGACCUACUCGAAGAUCGGGAUCUACCGAAAUACGAUUAUAUCACAUUUAUGGAGAAAAUGAUGGACAAUCAAGGGACGUCAGAAGAUACCAAACGCUCGCUCAAUGGCGGUCAUUGA